AUGUCCGUCGCUGGGUUUAGGAAGCAAUUAAUCAAAGGCUGUCAGUUGGUCAGUGAGAAGGUCGGAGCUGCAGAGGGAACCAAGCUAGAUCAAGACUUCAAGGACCUUGAAAAGAGAGCAGAUAUUACCAGCAAAGCAGUAGUUGAAGUCGUCAACAGAACAACGGACUACCUCCAGCCUAACCCGGCCCACAGAACGAAGCUCUCCAUGCUCAAUACGAUGUCCAAAAUCCGUGGACAGACAAACAAUCUUGGGUACCCGCAGGCCGAGGGCCUCCUAGCAGACUGCAUGAUGAAAUACGGAAUGGAAAUGGGCAGUCAAAACAACUUUGGUGGCGCUCUUGUGGCUGUUGGAGAAUCAAUGAAAAAAUUGUCGCAAACCAAGGACAGUCUGGACAUGGACGUUAAGCAGAAUUUUCUUGACCCACUGCAAGUAAUUGUUGAGAAGGACAUCAAAGAUAUACAGCACCAUCUGAAGAAAAUGGAGGGCCGCCGCUUGGACUACGAUUAUAAAAAGAAACGUCAGGGUAAAAUUCCAGAGGAGGAAAUCAGACAGGCCCUGGAGAAAUUUCAUGAGUCCAAAGAAAAUGCUGAAAGUUCCAUGUGCAACUUGCUGGAGACUGAUGUGGAGCAGGUGAGCCAGCUGGCAGCUUUUGUGGAAUCAGUGUUGCAGUACCAUAGAAACGCCACAGAGAUUUUGGAGGAACUUUCUGGUGAUCUGGAAAGAAGAGUACAAGAAUGUCAGUCCCAACCAAGGCGAGAGUACAGACUCAAACCUAGGCAGAGUUUUGACUAUGGAAGGACUGAGCAAUCCAACGGUGGUUACACAUCACCUGCAACAAGCCCUCCAGCUUAUUCCCCAGUGCCUCACAUUGUUCCAUUUUGUCCCAUUUCAGCUGCCGAGCCAAGCUGUAAAGCUCUCUACGACUUUGACCCAGAGAACGAGGGAGAGCUAGGUUUCCGUGAAGGGGACAUCAUCACUCUGGUCAGUUACAUCGAUGAAAACUGGUUGGAGGGAAGGCUCCACGGCAAGACGGGAUACUUCCCCAACAACUACGUCCAAGUGAUCGUUCCCCUACCGCAGUGA